UCGGUGGAAACGCUUCGUCCGUUUGCCCCGAGCAAGAGAUGGGGGGUGCCCGUGAACUUUAAAAGCGUCUCGCAAAGAACAGAGCCCCGCCAGAUACAGUUCACCCCGUGCAAAAUGAAAUCAAAGUAUUUUUAGUCCUUAAGCGGGUUGGUUGUUUUGAACAGUCCAGAACUGCUGAAACGGGUUGAUCGGGUGGUUAUUUGUGUUCUCCGUAGCGUAGUAUUCUCACGUGCUUUGGACAUGGUCUGGGGUUUUGCUGAUCAAGUGCCAUAAAGUACUGGGGCUUUGGAGGAGCCUGACUUCAAGUGAGAAGAAGAAAAAUACAUAUUUACUAUUACUUUCCUUAACUAUUACUCCAAAUAGCUAAGAACAGUUCAACUCUCAAGAGACGCAGUUUUUAUACAGCAUCUUGACAAAGUUUAGUAUGCAUCUCAAGUCUUUCAGUAGGAUCUUGCAGUGAAAAGAUGAGAAUAAUUCAUACAGAACUUAGGCAAAAAAACCUCCAAAAGGAUAUGACAGGUAGAGCAAAAGAAUAGAGAGGGUAAUCAGCUUGCUCUUCAUCCGUUUCACCUUCACUGGAAUAAAAGCUUUAGAUAAUACAUCUUGGGAUCUGAUUGGAGAGCCAAAGGUUGAGAUAUAAACCUGAAGCAUAUUACAGAAGUGCAGAAAAAUUUAAGUAUGGUAUAUGCUUGUAAGCAUGAGAGUUUUAGCCCUGAUUCAUCUGGGUGCAGUCACCAUGACUUGUGCUUGUGUCAUGUGUUUGCAGCACUUUCAACUUGCUACAGUUUGUGUUUCUAUAGAUUAUGAGAAGAGCUUGUGAAGGAAAUUUAACAUCAUCAAAGCACAUCUUAAAAAUCUAUUCAUUUGUUCUUUACAGGCUUUCUCCUGUUGUGUUUUGUUUUUAACUGUGGAGUUGUCCUGUGUCUUUGUUGUGGUCUUGUUUACACUUUUUAAAUUAUUUUUUUAUUUUUUUUACUUUUUAAGAACUCUCCCUCUGUUGUGUUAAUGCAUUUGAACUGGGGAAGGCACUGAUGUAGAGGGAAAGGGAAGCGAGAUUCUUAGUGUUACAAAUUUGAAAGUGCAAUAGUACUUGAUGUUAGCCUAGGCAUGGUGUUAGGAAACAUCCAUGGUAUACUUACAGCUGUUUCACUUGAUGGUGUAGGUGGAUUCUUACUUGUGUCUAUUUUACAAAUGAAAAUUAUGUUGUCUUGAAUUAGUGUAUAAAUAUGUUGUAAUAGGGACUUUGGGGGGUUGUAGUUCAGAGUUGUUGCCCAGUCUCUUGUAUUUCCUUCCCAAUUGUGUACUGAUCUGUAGUCUAUGCUAAAUGGCUGAUAUAAUCAAUCUAAUUCUUAUUUCAAAUAGAGUUAUUCUGCAUAUGAAUUUAGCUCUGGUAAAAGUUCCUGAAUUAUUAAUCUUGAGUUUUAAGAAGUUGCUGCCUUUGUUUUUCUUACAGAGGCUCUGCUACUAUAGAAAUGUCAGUGGGGCAUUAAUUAGCUGUCUAGGUACACUGCCUUUCAGAAUUAGGCGAGGCCAUAGGUUGAUAUUUUCACCUGAACCCAGCUGUGGGUAUGGAAGAGGUUAAGUUUUCCAGCUGUUUCUUCUCAGGACUCUGCUGGGGAUUUUUGAUCUACCAGUGCCUUGGUUUAUGUAACUGAUCUGUGUUCCAUCUGAAAAAUUGCCUGUGUUAACUCAAAUGACCAUUUAAAACUAUUUAAAUGGACCUGGCUGACAUUUUUCACAGUCAUGUAAAGUGAACUCAUGUGAACUACUCUCUGAAGGUAAAUGACAGGUUUAAGUCUCUCUCAAGUAAGUAAUGACAGUCAUUUGGAGGCUGUAAGCUUUUUGUUGAUGUACCUAGAUCAGGAUGAGGUCAGCUGUCUGUGGUUUACAUUAAGCUGAAAAUAGUUUUUAUCUUUGUAAUAGGUGUGUAAUGGCUGUUGGUGUGCUAUGUUCAGCUGGCCUAGUAGUUUAAGAAAUGGAAGUGCAUUUGUCGUUAUGAAAUGGAUAAAAUUGCCCUGAUAGGUCUGUGUAAUGCAGUUUCUAGUCCUAGUACCUGAUACAUGAUUUUAUUUUUUUUCCCCAGAAAAUACUUAGAAUGUCUGUGUGAAUAAGCUAUUCUCAUUCCCAUCUUGCUUUCUUUAUGUGAUUUGGUUUCUUGCUUUCUUUAAGUCGUAAUUGUAUGAUGCAACUUGAAUCAGUGUGAGUUGGCUAAGUGUAGUAUGUGUCACUAUAGUGUGUUCCUGUUUGGGAAAUUCUGGAAUGGUUCUCCUGUUGCUGUUGUAUGUGGACCAUGAGCAAAGUUCGCAGACUUUGUGUCUCUUUCCAACCUGACUUCUCAGCUUCCUGAUGUGGCUGUUACUGUUUUGAGGUCAUUGGUUAAUAGAUAACACACCUUGGUGAAAAAUGUGGUUUAUGUUCUAGCACACCUUGUGCUCUGGUACUCCGGCAGUCAUGAUUAUCCGUCUCUUCAGUGUCCUCUUCUUGCAAGUGCUAUCUGCAAACGUGAACGCAUCUUCAUUUUUUUUUCUGUAUUUGAGCCCAUGCUCAUGUUCAAAAAUUUCUUCUGCUUCAGCUUUGUCCCAGUGUGCAACAAACCUUCGUUUAGAGACACGGAAUUAAAACCCAUAUGAGGCUGUUAGGAGGGAAGUGGCAGCUGGGGAUCACCAGAGUGCAGCACUGUAUGUAUCAUGGACUUGAAGGUCUACAGUAGGAAGAGAUUAUACUGCAGAAAGUUGGCCAGACAGUGCUGCCUUUGAGUUGUUCUGUGUACCACACACAAGGGAAAGGUGUGGAGCUGCGAAGCCUUUGUAUAUGGAAGCACCAGAAGCAAGGCCUGGUUACAUUGCAGAAGCUCUGCUAGGUGUCUGCACGGGUCCGAAGAUUCGUGCACUGGAGUUUGAGUCUUUGACAGCCACUUCCCUUUGUUCCCAGCCAUGCUAGGGUUGUAGCAUCGUCCAUCUUCAUUUGCAUCAACAGCUAAAGCAAGCCAAGAUGUGAGGAAGCAGCAUUUGCGUUGCCAGCCCUGGCUGCUGCCAGUGUGGAAAACUCUAAAUAAAUAUUCUUUUAAUGUCCUGCAUUUCCUUCCUGCAUAAUAUGCCACCUGCAUGUUCAUGCCCAUAAUAAUAAGCAUCACUUGUGAUCUUCAGUAAUACUCUUCUUUUACAGUAUCAUCGCAUCUUGUUGGAACCAGUGCUUACCUUUGCUGCCGCCCUUUUGCUGGUUUUCCAAGCAUUAAAAUAAAUACUCAUCAGAAAAAAAAAAAAUCUUAAGAAACAGGAAACAAUAAUAUAGCAGAAUACAGCAAUGUUAUAAUUAACCUAAUUCAGAGAGUCUUGUUCAGCUUUACGAUGUGAUAUUUUCCUUUAUCAUCCUGAACUAUUUUGUACAUUAGAUUAUAUCAUAGCUUCUUAGCUAGAUAUUGCCAGAGUUGCAAUUAAAAAAAAAAAUAAAGAUGAAAAGCUAUUUCCAGCAACUCGGAGAGGCACCAAGUCUUGAAUUACAGACAGCAGUGCCUGUAUCUUGUAUAAAGGCCUUUCAGAGACAGGUAUGGAAAUUUGUCUGGAGAGGAUGUGAAAGGAAAUUAUGUUGUGAUGAGGAACUGUAAUUUUGCAGAGAUGUGUUACUUCUGUUUGCUGCCCUGCGGCCUGACUUUUGGACAGUCUCUGGAAAUAUGGUGUAGGGAAGUUGCAGUUCCAUCUGGCAGGAGUUCUCUUUUCUCUUUCAAAAUACUCUCUCUCUCUCUGUUUCAUAAUGUAGAGCAGGAAUACGAUCUUAAGCAGUAGUACUGAUUGCAGGUGUGAAACUGCAGAAGCACCAACAGAACCGUAAGCCUGGCUGGUCUCCUUCGUUGCAGCCUGUUACGUUGCUCUAGAGGCUGGGCACAGGACACAGCAAAGCAGCCGAGCUGUGUGGAGUCUGCACUGGGGACAGCCCAGGUUGCCUGGGCGCUCUGCCUCCUAGAAGAUCUCCCCUCAGAGCUGAGUUCAGCCUGGGCAUGGGUAACCCUUACUUCAGCACUCCCAAGCAGGGCAGGGAGCUGUAUGGGAGGCUACCAAAGAAUGUAGGAGGGAAGCUCUAAAAGGAUCUGAUAUCUCUGAGCUCUCCUAGGGCUAGGAAGACAUUUGGCAGAUACUCUCAUUAUUUACUGGGGGAAAAAAAAAAAAAAAAAAAAAAAAGAAACAAAACCCCCCAAAAAACCCAAGCAACAACCAUCUCCACCUAAACAAGGAAAACGAUGGCUUGUUGAUUUUUCUAGCUUGUCAGGCUGCGUAUCUCCGUGCUCCAUAAUCCCAAGGCCACUUCUUUUUUUGCCACAUGCCAAGAUUAGACCUUCAGCACACAGCAAAAGGAAGGUUUUCUUUGCUUAAUUCACCACAUGAUGGAAUGGAUCUUUUCUUGACUGGCGUGGAUAUGUAGGACUAUUCAAGAUGGUUAAGAACUGUGGUGAAGAAGCAAGUGGAAUGACAAGAGGGAGCAUCCACUUCUGCUGACAUCUAAUUUGUAUGUUCAAAAGUAUGGUUUCCUGACAGAAGAGUGCAUUAUAUUUUUUAACAGCAGAUCUUUAUUAAAUAUGCCACCUGUGGUGGUUUUGGAAAGAUGAGAAGGGACCCACUGCGGAGCAACUCAGUGAAGCUGAAAAUGUCUGCUAUUUCUGUUAUGCAUAUCACAGUUACAAGAGGUUUUUCAUGAUUUCUGAGUUUGGUGCUGUCAGCCUCAUGUGAACAAACUAAAACGAAAAGCAAGCUGAUUUUUAGAAAACAAAAUGCCACGGAAAAGGAAAACUGGUGGGAGUCCUUCUCGGAAGAAUGGCAAUUCUGACAGAACUGCUGUUGCUGUAUCCCAAGGGGACCCAAGCUACUUAGUGUCACAAGCAGUGCAUAGUGUCAAUAAGGAAGACCUCUUCAACAGCAUGUCAGAGAUGUUUUCUGACCUAGAUCCUAGUGUGGUUUAUAUGGUUCUGUCUGAAUGUGAUUUUAAAGUAGAAAACGCUAUGGAUUAUCUACUAGAACUGUCCACCCAUGCCAAAGGUGUAUCAUCUUCAGAAACAUUGGGUUUUGAGUCAGUAGCAUCAUCACUAGCUCUUGUUAAUCAGCAAAGAUCUGUUGCAAAUGAAAGAAUGGGGGAAAGUACUGCAGAACAAAGUAAUACUGAAGAAGGAAAAGAAAAGGUCCUAUCACCUGAUGUGCAGCUGACUGAAGAACUGGAUUCCUUAAUAGAAAAUGCCUUUCAGAGAUACAGCUUGAGUGAUGAAUUGCCUAAUUCUGCAAAUGACCAAAUAGUACAUAAGCAGUCCACGGAACACGAUAGCUUUAAUGAGUUUCUUGAGUGGGAAAAAUCUGGUUCAGGUUGCAAUGUCCUACUUUUUCCACAUCAAACAGGGACAAAUAAUGAGGUUUUAGAAGAGUUCUGCUGUUCUCAGCCAACGUUGAGUCAGCUGAGUGUCCAGACAAGUUCACCAGCUGCAUCAGACACUUCUGCACAGAUAUUGGAAGAUGCUGAUUUGUCAGAAAUACAUGUACAGCAUGAUGUAGCUUCAGAAGUCUACAAAGAGGCGAAUGGAGAAAUGUCAUGUGGAAAUUCUGAUCAGACACAAGAUACUGUUUUGGAUCAAAAAACUGUGACAGCUGCUUCUGGUGAGUCCUCCCACAGACCUCUGGAACCUGGAGCAGCUGUCACUGGAUAUCCUAAUUCAGGGUGCCUGGAACGGCAUGAAGAGGUAGUAACUGCUUUUAACAGCCACCAGAGCACUUCUCUUCCAGAGACGUAUCUCUCUGUUGAAACAUCCGGUUUCAAAACACCCAAACCUGCAGAUUUUCAGCAAACUCAGCAGGAUUAUAACUUAAAUUUUUCUACACUGUCAUGUCAGCCUCAACAACACUGGAAUCUCAUGGCUCCUGUGUUUUAUCCAUCCAGUGGAAGUCACAGCUUUUUAACUCCUGUGGCUGUCAGACCAGGGCAGUGGAGACCUGUUUCAGACUAUAGAACUCUGGAAAAAGGACUUUUUUUUCCCUCUCCAGUGGUUUCAAAUGCCUGGGAUAGCAACCCUUCUCUGAAGGUAUGGGGAAAUCAAGAUAGAAACUCAAAAUUGAACCUCUCGCAAGCACAGCAGCCACCUGUUUGUCACAUGAUGAGAAAAAAGAUGCACCUUAUAGGUCAAGUACUUGUUCUUCUCAGAGGUGUUCCAGGAUCAGGAAAAUCAUAUUUGGCAAGGACUUUGCUUGAGGAUAACCCAGGUGGAAUCAUUCUUAGUACUGAUGAUUACUUUUAUAAACAUGGACAAUACCAUUAUGAUCCUGAUUGCUUAGGGGAAGCGCAUGACUGGAACAGGAAACGAGCCAAAGAAGCAUUUGAAAUAAGAAUCUCUCCUAUAAUAAUAGACAACACAAACAUACAAGCAUGGGAGAUGAAGCCUUAUGUUACUUUGGCUCAGCAGUUCAAAUACAAAGUCAUGUUCCGAGAACCAGACACUUGGUGGAAGUUUAAACCAAAGGAACUGGAAAGGCGAAACAUUCAUGGUGUAUCUAAAGAAAAGAUCAAAAGAAUGUUGGAACGGUAUGAACGCUGCCUUACUGUUAGUUCAAUACUGGAUUCUUCAGUUCCAGACAAAUCAGAAGCUGCUGGCUGGAGUGAAGAUCCUUGUCAGGAGGAAAGCCAUAGAAAGAAAGAGGCAGAUUCUAAUGUAAAGGAAGAAAAACCUUCUGUUUCUGAUGUGGAGCCUCUUGAAUUAGCUGAAGAUGAUAAAACUUUUCUCAGUACUUCUCUAGCAUUAGAAAGUGACUGUGAUCCUGAACACUUUCAGAAAGAGAAAAAAGAAAUGGAAAAUAACUCAGUGGAACACAAUUCUGAGAACAGCACUGUUCAAGAUGACUUGGAUGUUUAUUUAUCAGACUAUGUAGAAAAAGAACUGCUCUUGGAGAAGAAAGAAGAAAAGGGAGAAAAAAUAGAAAAAAAUACUGGAACAGAAAUGGAUAAGGUCGAUGUGACCGUGACUGAAGAGACUGUGUGCUUGCAUACAUGGGGAGUUGAGGAACACAAUGAUAACGUUCUCAAAGUUCACACUGAAGUUGAACAAUCUAGCGAAAUAUCUACGGAACAAAAUUCAACACAAAGUAGUAACAUCGUGGAACCAAGCAGUUCAGCUUUUGACAUGUCAAGAAAGCCAGAACUACUAAAUUUUCUAGGUGACUGGCCUGUAGAACAAGCAAUGGGACAGAGAGUCAAAAGAGCUAGAAGGCUAGAAAAAUCUCUGAAGAAUGAUAAGGAAGGUAAAACUCCCAGUCAGCAGUGUCCUGAGUUAGAUAAAGAGCAAGCAGGCCUGCCUGAGAUCUGUACUGUUGAAAAAGGACUUGAGGAAGAAAAUCUAGCCUCUGUUAGUUCAGAUAAAGUUACAGCAGAAUUGCAAGUGAUAGGACAUUGGCCUGUCUCAGGCUCAUUAGAACAGAGACAACAAAGGUCAAGGAGAAUAAGAAAGACAAGUCUAAAUCUGCCUGAUGAAGGUAGAAAUACCGAAGGUGAUGUUAAUAGAAAUGCUCUUGAGACCGUAGAUGUGCUUCAUGGGAUACCUGUGAGCUCUGCAGCGGAUACGCAGAGUUUGCAUAUGCACCGACAUGAAACAGCUAGUGAAAUAGUAGGUGAGAAAAAACCCCAGCAAAAUAAAAGAAUGAGGAAACAUCACAAAUUAGCCCUCACUUUUACAAACAACAAUUUGGCCCAUCCCAAAGAGGAGGAACACUUGUUUAUGCUUAAUGCAGCAAAAGAGAAACAGGACACAUGCUUGUGUAGACAGAAAAGUAGCCAUUCACAGACUGAAUCACAGGACUUUGCUCUCCUAUGGAGAUUAGAAAAGAAAAUGCUUUUCCCUGAGACUACCAAAGUAUUGCAUGGCAGACUAGAUGGCUUCAAACCCAAAGACAUAGAUAAUGCCUCAGAUUCUCAUGAAAAAAUACCCUAUCGAGUUAUGUAUGAUAAAAGUACAUUUGUGGAAGAAAGUGAACUUACUGAUAUUGAUGAAUCUGAAAAGCUAAAUAUGCUAUGUAAGCUCUUUGACUCUGUUUCAUUUGAAGCUGUGAAAGAUCUGUAUGAAAGAUGUAACAAAGACAUAGACUGGGCCACAGGUCUGCUGUUGGACUCUGAAAAGUUACGGAAAGAUGUUGAUACUGAAUGCUUUCAGGUAAAAGAAGCUGAGCGAGUUGUCGCAGAUCUUGAUUUCAAAGCAAGUACGAACUAUGGUGAAAAUCUCAAAGUCUCUGAACAAACACCACAAAUACUUGGGGCUGGUGAUAUCUCUGAGCCUUCAGAAGACAAGAACUCAUCACUCAGCAUGGCAGAAAGUAGUGCUACCAAGGCAACUGUGACAGAUGCUGAUGUAUCUGACUCUUCGACUUUUGCCUUAUUGAAUGAUUCAGUGGAACUGAAAAAUUCUGGAGAUGCAGCCCCUAGAUCUGAUGCAGGCAGCUCAACAGCAGGUAUCACUGAGCCAUCUGUUUCAGUAAAGCAGAAGAUAGAGUCUGAGAGUCCUGUUGAAGAAACUAUAGAUCAGCCAUCAGUCUCACAACUUGAUGCAGGUUUCUUUAUACCCAUGACUUUGCCUCAUGGUCCUAACACAACUUCUACUAAUUUGAAAGCUGAAUUAAAUAAGAAAAGUGAUAGUAACCCUUCAGAAACCAAUGCAGAGAAUUCCAAAGUGGCUGCUUCAGUACUGGAAAAGGAUCAUCCACCUUUGGUCAGCCCUAGGAGCGAUAAAGAACUGGAGAUGAAUAAGGAAACCCAGGGGAGUUCCAGGGAAAUAAGUGGUAAAGAAGUUGAAACUCCAAGCUGGGAUGAAGCUAAAGCCAAGAUAGAAAGCCCUAUACCGUCAUCAAGUGGAGCCUUCAAUAUAGAUUGCCUAGAACUAACAUUACCUCCUGAACUGGCACUCCAAUUGAAAGAAAUAUUUGGGCCUGUUGGCAUUGAUGCAGGAUCACUAAGUGUUGAGGAUUGUGUGGUUCAUAUUGAUCUGAAUUUGGCAAAAGUGAUUCAUGAAAAAUGGAAAGAAUCUAUUCUGAAGCGUCAGAGGAAAGAUGAAUCAUGUAAGUUGUCUGCAGAAGGUCCUACUGUGAUUCAGCAGAUAGAUACAGAUGACUCAGAAAUGCUGUUAUCUCAGAAUGCAGACAUUAAAAUACAGAAGAAAAAAAUGAACUGGGUUUCAGGCUCAUCUAAUGACAUACAGACUAGAAAACCAGCACCAUCAGACGUUUUUCCUUUUAUGGACCACUGGAAUGCUCAGAUUCAGAAAGUUUCUCUCAGACAAAUAAUUUCUGAAGAAAUAGCUAUUCAGGAAAAACAGGACCUGAAUCGUGUUCCUUCUAUGGCUAGAAAAGACUGUGCUGCUAAACUAAAGGAGAAGCAACUUUUUGAGAUGUUUCCAACUAUUAAUCAAAAUUUCUUAAUGGAUAUCUUCAAGGACAACAACUACUCUUUAGAACAAACUGAACAGUUUCUGAACUGUGUUCUGGAGGCAGAUCCCGUAAAAACAGUCAUAGCUCAAGAAAGUGUUCAGCAAAACGAAAUUCUUUCUUCCUACAGUGCUGCAAAGAACCGGGAGAAGAAGGCAAAAAAAAAUAAGGAAGACGAUGAUCCUUUGGGUGAAAUAUUUCAAGAAUUUGAGUAUCCACAGUAUGAUGAUUUAAGAGCAGAAGCCUUCUGUCACCAGCAAAAGAGACAGGAAUGUUUGAAAAAGGCUGGGGAGGCCUAUCACAUGGGUAUGAAGUCUGUGGCAGCAUUUUAUGCACAUCAGGGUCGCCUUCAUGAGCAGAAGAUGAAAGAAGCCAACCAUGCUGCUGCUGUGCAAAUCUUUGAGAAAGUAAAUACUUCCUUGCUGCCUAUGAAUGUGUUGGAUCUGCAUGGUCUCCAUGUGGAUGAAGCUGUGAAUCAGUUGUCCAGAGUGCUGCAGGAAAAAAGUGAAGAGUACCAGCAGACUGGUGGUAAACCAUAUCUAUGUGUUAUCACGGGAAGAGGAAGCCAUAGUCAAGGAGGAGUUGCUCGCAUCAGACCAGCAGCUAUCAGAUACCUCACAAGCCACAACUUCAGGUUCACAGAAGUAAAACCAGGCUGCCUGAAAGUCAUGCUGAAUUGAAGGGUUGUCAAGAAGAGGAAUAUAGAAAUUGAAGUGUCAGAUUACAGCUGAAAACUUUUUGAAUAACUGCAAUAGUAUUUUGUAAUCUGUUUUAAAGGAUGAUAUUUUAUUAGAAAUGGUCUCAAUUUACAGCAAGUGGUUUUGUCAGUAUGUUUCCAAGAAAAUUUUUUUGUGGAACGGAUUCUUUUUUGAACCUGCAAAAAGAAGACACUUGCAGUAUUUGAAGUCUCGGAAAUGCAGAGUAAGAAUUUUGCUGAGCAGUGUUUGAUGCUUUAAAGGGAAGUUAAGGUACAGUUUUUAAAUAUAACUGUCUUCUCAGCAUACCCAGUCUAUGUCUUUUGACCCUCACGCAUUUUAAUUGCUGUGGAUUCUGUGCUUUUAAAAUACUGUACCGUGUACAAAGUUAUUUUGUGAUUCAGAACUUUGUGCUAAGCCUUUCAGAAUAGCACAGGGGAGGUGGGAACUCGGCAACUACUGAUAUUUCAAAUCCAAUUACAGCUGAGUGCUUAAUAUUUCCCAGUUUCUUCAAAAAUCUGAUGUAGUCUGUUUUUAGUGCUUAUUUUGUGAUGGGUUGACCAGUUCUAUUGUCCUCACUCCAUUCUUAACUUCUCCUGAUAUUGAUGGAAGUUGCAUAUAAAGGACCAGGUGCAGUAAGAUCAGGUGUAGUUUUGGUAAUUUUGCAGGUUUAUGGUGAUCUAUUGAAGGGAAAAACACAACUCUGUAGUUCAAUCUCUACUUACACAUAGCUAAUACUGUAAUUUUUCAGGAAAUGCCCUUACAUUUUUUCAACAUCUACUGGAUUAGAAGCGUUUCUUUCUUUAUGGCUUUUUAAAUGGAGCAAAUUGAGUACUGUUUCACUUUACAGGUGUCUAAUAGUGACAUGUCUUCAUUCUGUGUGCAUUAAAUUUGGUGAUUUCCUUGUAAAAAA